AUGAGGCUUUGGCUCCAUGUAAUGUUCCUUGCAGUGGCUUUGGAAGGUGUCCGGUCCCAGGUCCAGCUGGUGGAGUCUGGAGGGGAUGUGAAAAAGCCCGGAGACUCUCUCCGCCUCUCCUGCAAAGCCUCCGGGUUCACCUUCAGCAGCUACUACAUGAGCUGGGUCCGACAGGCUCCUGGGAAGGGACUGGAAUGGGUCGCUUAUAUAGCCGGCGGUGGGGGUGAUAUACAGUACCUUGAUUCAGUGAAAGGCCGAUUCACCAUCUCCAGGGAUAAUUCCAAGAGUGAGCUGUAUCUGCAAAUGACCAGCCUGAGAUCCGAGGACACCGCCCGCUAUUACUGUGCGAGAGAUCUUCUCACCCAUCCCAGUCCGGAAGGGAAGAUGCCCAGUGUGACUCUGUCAGACCAAGUUCCAGCUCAUGCCAAGGCCCCCAGGCCUUACAAGUGCAUAGCUGGAGCCAGCCUCGUUGUUCUGACCCAAUCAGGUCCCGAAGUGAAGCAGCCCGGGGAAUCCACCCAGCUGAAAUGCACCAUGAGCGGGUUUGUUCCUAACGACCGGUGGAUGGCUUGGGUCAGGCAGCAGCUGGGAAAGGGACUGGAGUGGCUGGUUCGAUAUCGCCAAUCUUCAGUCACAAAUUACUACUCCCCCUCCAUCAAGGGGCGAUUCACAGCCUCCAAGGACAGCGCCAAAUUCUACCUGCAAAUGACCAGCCUGAAAGCGGAGGACACCGCCGUGUAUUACUGCGUGAGAGACACUGACACACAUGACCCACCAGAUCAGACACACCGACUCCGUAUCCCGCCUUCGCCCACUGAAAUCAAUGGAGAAGCUGAGACCUUGGCGAAGAGCAGUGGGAUCGCUGAGCCCAGUAUGAACCUGCUACUGAUUUUCCUGUUCAUGCUGGAGGCCCCUUCAGGUGUCCUCUCCCAAAUGCAGCUGAAGGAAAUGGGUCCGGGAGCGGUGAAACCCGGGGAGUCCCUGACACUCACUUGUACCAUCUCCGGACACUCGGUUUCUAGCACCAGAGCCACCUGGGACUGGUUCCGGCAGCCCGUGGGAAAGCGGCCAGAAUGGAUGGGGUGCACAUGGUACAGGUCUGGCAGUUGGUACACUGAGUACCCCAGCUCUCUGCAGAGUCGAAUGACCAUCACACAAGACACUUCCAAGAACCAGUUCUCCGUGCAGCUCCACUCGCUGACAGCUGCAGACCCCGCCACCUACUACUGUGUCCUCUCCCAGGUGCAGCUGGUCCAGACCGGCCCGGGGGCAGUGAAGCCCUCAGAGACCCUCAGUAUCACCUGUAAGGUUUCUGGUGUCUCUGUCAGCAGCAACUAUUGGGGCUGGGUCCGGCAGCCACCGGGGAAAGGGCUGGAGUGGAUGUGGCGCAACCGGAGCACUGCAGACGGAGGCACCACAGAUUACAGCUCGGCUUUCAGUAGCCGGAUCACCAUCACCAGGGACACCUCGAAGGACGAAGUCUAUCUCCAGCUCCGCUCGCUGACAGCUGCAGACACCGCCACCUAUUACUGCGCCAGAGACACAGCAAGAACCGAUAUGAGAAAGGUGUUUGUUGGUGUCUGGUUCACAGAAAAAAAAAAGUCGAGAGUCCUCGUCUUCCUGCUCCCCCCGCCCCCAGACAUCCCCUUCCGUGUUUCUGAUAUUGUUUUGAAAGCGCGGAUUCCAUAUGUUCACUGCGUGUACAGCGUUCUGUUCCUGCAUGGCAUGGCUGGGGCGCAUCAGCCCGAGAGCAGAUCUAUCGAAAGGGGAAUGAGAGUCCCCAGGCGAGCAGCCACCAGACAAGGCCACCAGCCCUGCGCUCUCUGA